GCAUGUAUCUGUUUGUUUUGCAGGUGCCCACAUUCUGCUGCAGAGGAGAGAGCACCAGGAUGAGGAGACUGUAGGCACCCGCCGUAGUAUGGCCGCGUCCCGUUCCUCGCGUGUCACAAGGUCUUCAGUGGGGCUCAAUGGAUUGGAUGAGAACUUUUGUGGUCGAACCCUCAGGAACCGCAGCAUCGCCCAGCCGGAGGACACCUCGGUUUCUCCGGUGCCAAGGGCCCGCUCGCCCAAGAAGAAGCAGGACGGCAAGCAGGAGUCGAAACAGGACACCAAACAAGACGUUAAGCAGGACGUUAAACAGGACUCGCAGCAGGACACCAAGCACGAGGCAAAGCAGGACGCUCAGCAGGACGCUCAGCAGGAUGGCCUGUUGGAGGAAAAGUUGACUGACUCGAAUGCUUCUCCGGCUGAGGCGGAGCAUUGGAACAGCUCCAGGAAACGGAGCGCAUCCUGUUUAGAAAAAGACAUUAGUCCUGAGAAGUCGGAGAACUGUGACAGAGGGAAGGGCUCGCGGGACGCCUGUUCUCAAAUCAAAAGGGCCAAGCGGUGCUCCCGCUCCGCAGAGUCUCAGGGACACGACGAGGACCCCGAGCCUCUCAAAUCUGACAGUCCAGUGUCUGUCCCGGAGCCUAGCAAGGAAAACAGUUGUGAGGAUUUCCCCAGCCAAAACUCUUCUCCGGCCUCACCUGUCCACAUUAAAGAGGAAGAUGAGCCGCCGGAGGGGAAGGCAGAGGAUGGACACGAGGAGUGUGACAGGGCAACUCGGCCCCCCAAUGCUCACAAGGCCUCCAAUGGACUCAAGGAGAAUAAAGCAGAGGAACCCAACGCACUCACUGAAGAGCCGAGUGCGACCCCCCCCUCUGUCUCCAACACCCCGUUGCUGCUUAACGGCAGUCAGACGGCAGCUCCCUCACCCCCCCACCCCGCUGUGCCUUGUAGAAACUCUGUCCCUCUGCAGGUGGAGGUCUCUGGCUCAGGGGAGUCGCCAGCCUCACCUGCACCAACGUUUGUUCCAAUGGACCCUGUCCCCGAGUUGAUAGUGGCUAAGGUGGAGGAGGUGGAGGUGGAGGAGGUAGAGGUAGAGGUGGAGGUGGACGUGGUGGGGGAACCGUUGUGUGUCUCCCACGAGGAGCAGGUGAUCGAGACGGUGAACGACACCAACGGCCGGCCACUAACACCGCUGCAGGAAGCCACUGCCUCCACCUCCUCCACUAACAUGAACAUUAGUCCAAUCAACAACAACAACUCAGGAGAAACAACACCCCCUCUAGCAACAACCCCCUCCCCGACAGAGCCCGGGUACAACCCCUCAGUAUCCAGCACGCCCCCCUCUUUCACAGAGCUCUAUGAACACAGAUACACCCUGCGGACUUCACCCAGGAGGGCAGCCACCGGGGGCAAGGCCUCCUGCUCCAAGCUCAGCUCUCCUCCUCGAGACAAUGGUCCCCUGAAGGAAGAGGGGGAGGUGGAGCUGCAGGAGGAGGCCUGCCCUAUGGUGGAGGAACCUGCGCCCUCAGGCUCUGUGGGCCCCUCCUGUGAAGGGCCGGUCUCCAUGGCUGAGGACAUUGUGGCCGUGGUGGCUAAAGAGGAGGACCAAAGCAGGGAGGGGACGAGGAGCCAGCCUGCUGAGGAGGAGGAGGAAGAGGAGGAAGAGGAGGAGGAGCCAGACGUGUAUUACUUUGAAUCGGACCACCUGGCUCUUAAACACAACAAAGAUUACCAGAGGCUGCUGCAGACCAUCGGGGUCCUCGAGGCCCAGCGAACACAGGCCAUCCUGGACCUGGAGACGUUGGCACGGCAACAGAGGGAGGCGCUCGCCGAUCCCAUCAGCUUUGUGGAGCAGCUGCAGAAACGGGUUAAUUUGGGUUUGCCGCGUCCUCAGCGAGUCGUGCAGCUCCCUGACAUCGGAUGGGAUCAGUACACCUCAGGCCUCAGCGACUUUGAGAGAGAGUUCUGCGACAAGAAGCGCAAAACCAGGCGGCUAAAGCUGAUCUUUGACCAAGGUUUGCCUGCCCGACCAAAUAGUCCAGUAGAGCCCAAGAAGGAAGGCGAGUCGUCCACCAUGUACUCGUCUCUGCCCACUAGUGACGCUCUGGAGAACAGCAGGCAAGCACAGUUGAUCAGGGGGAGGAUCUCUCAGCCGAACAAGUCCGACACGUUCAACCAGCUGUGGACGGUGGAGGAGCAGAAAAAACUGGAGCAGCUUCUCCUGAAGUUCCCUCCCGAGGAAGUGGAGUCCAGACGGUGGCAGAAGGUCGCUGAUGAGCUCGGCAAUCGAACAGCGAAACAGGUGGCCAGUAGGGUUCAAAAGUACUUCAUCAAACUGACUAAAGCUGGUAUCCCCGUGCCUGGAAGAACACCCAACCUGUGCAUGUACACUAAAAAGGUAUUUAAAGGUUAUUUACUUACAAACCGCUUAACCCCACUGAGUUACUAA